ACUUUACCAAACGCUUUCUAUUUUUAUAUAAUGUUUUUCAAUUGUCUCAGCUUGUCAAACAUUUAAAUCAUGGAGCAAGCACAAAGAAGUUGAUGAAGGGAAGUUUUACAGUAACUUCACUGCAUCAGUUGUUUACGUAAAUUAACUUGACACCAGCUUGCUUCAUUCUGGUGUUAGUGACUGACUACACUUUAUUGGCUUUGCGUGAUGGCAAGCACUCACAGAGCAACGAUAAAACGAUGAACGAUGUUACUAGAGUGUCAACGACUUCAAAGUAAUUAUAGUAUGAAAUUAAAUUUUAUGUAUAUGAAAAAAAUUUUGUUCACUGUAUAAACUUCAUUCUCGAAAAAAUAGUGUUUUGCAAAAUUUUGUUCGAUCUUUUAUAUACGGAAAUCUUUAAUAAAAGAACGAAAUGAUUUCUCUACAAUCUCACAAUCAGGUCUUGUAUCACCUGACCCAAUUUACAUCUGUUAUUUCACCAAGAUCUACACCAUUUGUAAUUCCAAUAAAAAAACAAAAUGAUUCUGGAAAUAAAAUAACUGAAAGUAUUUUAUGUAAAAGCAGCUUUUUAGAGGCUAUAAAAAGUUGUAAAGAAUUAUGUAUAGACAAAUUAAAUGUACAAAAUUUGGCUACUCCAUUAAGAAUUAGUAAAAAUGAUAUAUUGAAAAUUUUAGAACAGUUAUCGAAAAAAGAAAGUUCUGGUAGUUUAACAAAAAAUAAGUGGAAAGAGUCAUAUGUUUCAGGAAUAAGUUUUAAUGAAAAUAAAAAAAACUCUUAUGCACAAUUAACAGAUACUAUUAACUUAUCAACUGUGUAUCUUUACACUAAACCUCAGUAUAGAUUUCUUCAUAAAUUUUGUUCAUCAGUUAUAUAUCCAAAUAGUUUACAAGUCAAAUAUUUUAAAACAUAUCGUAGCAUUAAAGAAGAUGUUAUUAGAAAUCCUCCAUUAAGUGUAAGAUUUCGAAAAUGGAUGGAAUCUGAUGGAAUAGAUGAUGGAUCUAAACAGAAAACUACAAAUGUAUUCUCAAAAAAACCAGUAGAAAUAGAUAAGUUAAGAAAAUCUCAAAAUGAUAAAUAUAUAAAAGUUGGUGAAUUACAACAUAUCAAAGCAGCCUUUGCUGAAGGUUAUCUAGCAGGACAUGAUCAAAAACACAAUGGAUGGACAUUUAAAGCAUUAAAAUUUACACAACAAAUUUUUGUAACUCUUUUACUUGUUGUACUUGUAGUUGUUCUAAUGGGUGCGUAUAAAUCAAUGACAGGGGGUGGUGUUUUCAAAAUUCAAAUGAGUAAUAAAGUAGAAGUGAAUCCAGAAGAUAUUCAAAUUACAUUUAAUGAUGUGAAAGGUGUUGAAGAGGCUAAAUCAGAGUUAUUGAAUAUUGUGGAAUUUUUGAGAAAUCCAAACAAAUUUUCAGCUCUUGGUGGAAAAUUACCAAAAGGUGUAUUACUUGUUGGUCCACCUGGAACAGGAAAAACAUUAUUGGCUCGAGCUGUAGCUGGCGAAGCUGGUGUGCCUUUCUUUCAUGCAGCUGGCCCUGAAUUUGAUGAAAUAUUAGUUGGGCAAGGAGCUCGAAGAGUAAGAGAAUUGUUCAAGUCUGCGAAAGAGCGAGCUCCUUGUGUUAUUUUUAUUGAUGAAAUUGAUUCUGUUGGAGGACAACGUACGCAUUCUGCCAUACAUCCUUAUGCUAAUCAAACAAUUAAUCAACUUCUUUCUGAAAUGGAUGGCUUUCAUCGAAAUGAAGGAGUUAUUGUUUUAGGAGCAACAAAUAGACGCCAAGAUCUUGAUAAAGCAUUAUUAAGACCUGGUCGAUUUGAUUCAGAAAUUCUUGUUCGGGCACCAGAUUAUUUUGGACGCAUGGAAAUUUUAGAAUUAUAUUUAACAAGAAUAUUAGCUCGUGAUAUUAAUACAGAAGUGUUAGCAAAACGAACUAUUGGAUUUACUGGUGCAGAUAUAGAAAAUAUGAUUAAUCAAGCAGCUUUGAAAGCUGCUAUAGAAGGUGCUGAAUAUGUUACAAUGGAUCACAUAGAACAGGCAAGAGAUAAAGUUAUAAUGGGACCUGAAGGUAGAAGAAGAGCUAUUAAUGACGAAGAAAAUAUUCUUACAGCAUAUCAUGAAGGAGGUCAUGUAUUAGUUUCAUAUUUUACAAAAGAAGCUCCUCCUUUGCAUAAAGUUACAAUAAUACCAAGAGGACAUUCUAUGGGACAUACCGCAUAUUUGCCAAAUAAAGAUAUGCAUUAUAUGACUAAAGCUCAAAUGCUUGCUCAAAUGGAUACAUGUAUGGGUGGUCGCGCUGCAGAAGAACUUACAUUUGGAAUUGAUAAAGUUACAUCUGGAGCUUCAAAUGAUUUUAAUAAUGCAACAGAGAUUGCUGAAGCUAUGGUAAAAAAAUAUGGUAUGUCAGAAAAAGUUGGUUUUAGAGUACAUAAAGAUAUUGACGGAGAACAUAUUAAUUAUAGUUCUACUACAAAUGAGUUGGUUGAUGAUGAAAUAAAAAGACUUUUACAGGAAUCUUAUGACAGAGCAAAAACAAUUUUAAAAAAUCAUAGUAAAGAACAUAAACUAAUUGCAGAGGCUUUAAUAAAAUAUGAAACAUUGGAUGUAGAAGAUGUUAAAACACUUCUUAGUGGAAAUAAACUACGAUACGAAACUAAAAAUGAUAUAAACCGAAAAGUAGUAGACGUACCAAAUAAUGUUAUGUAAUAUAUUAUUUUUGAGAA